AUGGCUCUCCUCGAUGGUGCCCCGCAACCCGCGGGAGGGCCUCUCCUCUUCGGCGUGCCCAUGAAGCAGCUUUCUCUUAUUACGUUAACUUUCCAAAACUCGGUGCUGAUCAUACUUAUGCAUUACUCUCGAAUGAUGCCUCCGAGCGGCGACCACCGAUAUUUCACGUCGACAGCUGUGUUCUUGACCGAAGUGAUGAAGUUAGCGAUUUCUCUAACCUUCGCCAUAUACGAAGUUUCGAGGAACCUUGCGCCUUCGACACCUGCGACUGUUAUAUUCGAGCAGAUAUUCAACUCGGUUUUUUCGGGUGACGGCUGGAAGGUAGCUAUCGCAGCGACGCUAUACACACUGCAGAACAUGUUACAAUAUGUCGCAGUAGGAAACCUUGAUCCGGUCCAUUUCCAGAUUCUCUACCAACUUCGGAUUCUAACGACUGCGAUAUUUACUGUGACGAUGCUUGGCCGAUCCGUGACCGUGAAGCGCUGGGUUUCUCUCAUCAUUCUAACCAUGGGUGUUUCAAUCGUGUGCAUCCCAUCCUCGAACUCGAAAGACAGCUCGUUCAUGAUCCACGACAUGACGGAUCACUUCUUCCCUCGUUCGGUACAUGAGCUUGGUCAAGUAGCGAAUGGAAUGGGCGACGUGGCGAGAGAGCUCACAAGGCGUGGCAUGGAAACUAUAGCUGAGGUCGGCCAGGCUCUUGCGAAACGGUCUGCGACGUACGAAGGAAUCGAGGAAGAUCAAAACACAGCGCCUGUAAUGAACUACUCGAUCGGACUUUCGGCUGUAUUUGCUGUAGCGGUUAUUUCUGGCUUAACGGGGGUCUACUUCGAGAAGGUCCUUAAGGAUACAGAAAAUCCUGCUUCAGUCUGGACUCGUAACAUACAACUGUCGUUCUAUUCGCUUUUUCCGGCGCUGCUUGGCAUCGUAUUUAAGGAUGGCGAAGAGAUUGCGAAGCAUGGGUUAUUCGAUGGGUACAACUGGAUUGUGUGGGCAUUGAUCAUCCUACAAGCGUUCGGCGGUGUUCUCACUUCGCUCUGCAUCAAUUACGCUGAUAACAUUGCUAAGAACUUUGCUACGAGUAUUAGCAUUGUUAUAGGCUUCCUAUUCAGCGUAUGGUUCUUCAAAGUCCAUGUUACACUAACGUUUCUCAUUGGUACCGCUUUGGUACUCGUCUCGACUUUCCUCUAUACAGGUCCUGAUCGGAAGCGUGGCCGGCCGCCACCGAUCAACAUUGUCAACUUUGAGAAGACGACUAUCGACCCGAUGAAUACGCCAAGGUACACGGACGACAAGCUUAGCGUUCCCAAUCCGCUUGAGAACAUGAAGGGGAUGGGUCUCUCAACCUCGCGUCCUGCUUCACCAUUGCGAUUCCAUAAUCGUGGGCCAUCAUCUCAAGGAAAGAACCGUGACGAAUGA